AUGCUCCCCCACCUAGCCACCCUCCUCCUCCUCCCGCUCGGCGCCCUCGCCGCCGCCGUGCACCCACACCCGCCCGCCCUGGCACGGCGCGAGGUCUCGCCCGACAACACGUGCGGCGAGGAGAACUCGGGCUACACGUGCCCCGGCGAGGCGGCCUGCUGCUCGCAGCACGGCUACUGCGGCUCCACAGACGCCUUCUGCCUGACCACGGCCCAGUGCCAGCCCGACUUCUCCAACUCGACCGACGCCUGCCACGAGCCCGUGCCCGGCGAGAGCGUCUCCAUCGACGGCACCUGCGGCACCACCGAGGCGGGCACAGAAGGGUACCGCUGCCCGGGGAAUGCCACGGUGACGAGCUGCUGUAGUGCGUCGUAA